AUGCCAAAGUAUUUUUGCGAAUUCUGCAAUAAAACACUUUUGAACGAUAAACUGAGAAGUAGAAGAACACACUUCCAAGGUGCAAAGCACAAGCUGAUGAGAAAAGCCUAUUACAUGGAGGUGUUCGAGAAACCAGAAGUGGCUGCUGAAAUGGCAUCUAUUCUGAGAGAUAUAAAAGCUGAGGAUAAAAGAAUCGAGCAUCAGCAUUUAGAAAAACAACAGGACUCUUAUUUUUCUCUUCCGCCAGGAGAUUUUUACCUAGGCCUUGCUCUUCCAGAAGAGCCAUUGGGUUUUAGGCUUCCACCUGGAUUUGAUUUCCAGGACAAAAGAAACUUUCCUGAAAACAUUGCUGAGGCAAUAAAGAAGUACACAUAA